AUGGCAAGUUCUCGGCAGGAUGAAGAAGUCCAAUCAACCAAUGACGACGCAGUUAAUUCUAAAUUCUCUGCCGUAAAAUUAGGAUACUGGCAAGAUCCCUACAUCCAAUUUUUUUCAAAAUUCUCAUCUGCUAUUGAUAGGAAGCCCCCAGAGUUGAACAGGGGUUACUAUGCCAGGGUCAAGGGCGUCGAAUAUUUAUUGAAACAGUUUUUGAAGAAAACAGACUUGAAAUGCCAGGUUGUAAAUUUAGGUGCAGGCUCUGACACAAGGUUUUGGCUUCUGUCAGAUCAAAAUCUGGUCCCACUAAAAUGGGUUGAGUUAGAUUUUGAGCCCGUGGUCAAUAAGAAAAUUAGGAUCAUCAAGUCUAAGAAGUCACUGAUGUGUAAGUUGCAGGCCAACAAUCAUGAUGGCUCAUCUGACUCCAUACCGGAUGUUCAAAUAAAGCCAACAGAAAUACAUUCAAACAUCUACCACAUCGUUUCGUGUGAUCUGAGAGAUGUGUGUCAGUUCAAAUCCUGCAUAGAUAGAUGUAGCAUAGACUGCACAAUACCAACAGCAUUCAUCUGUGAGUGCGUUUUUAUCUACAUGGACCCACACUCGUCUUCCUGUCUGGUUAGGACAAUUUCGGAGAUGUUUUCUGACAUUUUCUUCAUCAAUUAUGAACAGGUAAAUAUGAAUGACAGGUUUGGCGAGGUGAUGCUGUCGAACCUGCAGAAUCGAGGAUGUGCUCUGCUCGGAGUUCAACACUGCCUCAACUUUCAGACACAGUUUGAUAGGUUCCUAAAAUGUGGCUGGAAUGGGAUUGAUGGUGGUGACAUGCUUCAGAUAUACCAUGGCCUACCCCAAGAUGAUGUUCAGAGGAUUGAGAAGAUAGAAUUCCUAGAUGACAUUGAAAUGUUAACACAACUUUUCACACAUUACUGCAUCGUUUGGGCUUACAAACACUCCACGAAGAAUACUACUACUACUACUGCUACUGCUGCUGCUGCUACUACUACUACAAACGCUGUUACUGACUUUAGCACUGUCACUAACGAUAUUUCUACUAUUCCUGUGUCCAGUAUUGCCAAGUCAAUAGCUGCUGCUACUACUUCUGCUACUACUGCUGUUACCACUAAUAUUACUACUUCUACUUCAUUACUUGAUGAUAGUGGUCAUAGUAGUAGUGGUAGUGGUAGUAGUAGUGGUGGUGUUGUUGUUUCUCAGCUAUCAGGCAAAUUAGACUUUUCCGAUAUUUCGUUAUUUAUUUAUAAAUGAUGAUUUUUUUCAAACUGUAUUUAUUUAUUAUUAAAUAAAUGUAUUGUACAUAAUUAUUUUGUUUUUUGGUUUGUUGUUAUUAUAAUAUUGUUGCUCUAGUUGUGUUAUUGUUGUUUGAAUUUGAAUUCAAAAUUUUGAUUUUGUGUUUUUUUUGCUUUUGAAUGUUCAUCAAACUUAUUAAUAACUAUAUUAAUAAUAAUAAUAAUAAUAAUAAUAAUGAGAUAAUAAUAAUAAAACGAUAAGAACAGACUAGUUUGUUUGUUUGCAUGUGAAGAAUGCCUGAUAUUUUCCAUCAUUUUGUGAGGAACUUUGACAUUUUGGUUACCUAUUAAUUUUUUUAAAUUACUUUAUUAACUAUUUAAUUUUUUAUUAAACUAAAUUGUUUUAUUUAAACUAAUCAUUCAUUCGUUCGUU